UUGCCAUAAUUGUUCUGUCCUUUGAGGCAGAAUGACUGAGAUAUGACAGUCAAACGAAAGAGGAACACAUAUCCUGAUCGUGACCAAGCAUGUCUUAAAAAUGACCGAACAAACAAUUUGGAAAAAAGCAGAGAAUUAUUUACUUUCUGACUCCAAUCUGGUGAUAGUUCUUCAUUUUCCUUCGCGCUGUCAUCAUCUGUAAGUUAGCAAAUAUUGUUUUAACCAUUUGAUGUGACUCACAGUACAAAUAUAAAUGUGCUCACCCACCCGGGUUCACAGUGACCCACCACGGAGACUGAGGCACCUCGCUGAAAGCACAACACCCAAAAAUGUCACAUUUCAUGCCAAAGUGUUCAUAAAACAUAAAACUUUUCUAAGCUGGUCGGUACGUCUGUGUCUCUGGCAAACACAGAGUCAAAGGUUUGCAGUUCUUUUUUUUUCCCCCCACCUACCCAUGUGACUGUGUGCUCCAGCAGAGCUGGCCAGAGCAGAGAUGCAAUAUCUGUAGCUCACACUCAGUGUGCAGGGCUGCUCUGUGCGCUGCCUGAUUUAUUCACUCUCGUUUCCAAUGAAAAAUCACGCGCGCUCUAGGUCUCGGUCACGAUCAAGAUCUCAUUCUCCUUCUCACAGUCGGGAGAACAAACAUCCAAGAGGAUACCAGAAUAACCGUGAGUUCCGCGGUUACCAUCGCGGCUUCCGGAGGCCGUACAACUUCAGGGGCAGAGGUCGGGGCUACUUCCCACGUGGACGCUACCAGCGUGGUGGUGGCGGUGGCUACGGCAACAACAACAACUUUCGCCCCAAUUGGAAGAAUUACAAACAGCAUCCUAAAAAGCAGCAGGAGCAAAACGAUUCACGAGGACACUUCCAGAAACGCUCAGGAAGUCCUCCCUUUUACAGUCACCGUAUUGAUCGGUCCGCCUCGCCCCUAUCUAGACACUCUAGGCAUUCUUCUUCUUCAUCACACUCCUCUCCCCCUAAAUUCAAGUCAGCCUUGUUGCUGACUAAUCAAAACUCCAAAGACGCCAAGGAGGACAACUCGGCUUCCACUGAACUGCAAAAGGCAGCAGGGGGAGCUGACAAGCCAGUGGAGCCUCUUGGGGAACCGACAGGAGAUGCCAAAGAAAGUCUGGGCAGUGGGAAACCUGAGAGGAAUUGGCAGCUUCUAACAAGCUGCAGCCCAAACAGAGCCAGUACUCUGGCAAGCUCUGCUGUUAUUGUUGGGCGGAACAGCCAAACUACUAACCAACCCACUUCUCCCACAGAAAGCAAAAAUGACACGAGCAACUGCGCCCUCUCUUGGCAGAAGGGAUGCAGUUCAUCGUCUGAUAAAAAACCCUCACAGGAAGUUCGAAAUCCUGUGCUUUGCAGCUUUGAUUUCCUUAAUGAGGAAUAUCUGGAUGGAGAUAAAGCAGCGAUCUCCAUUGCCUUCAGAAAGUUUUUGGAAGAGCAAAAGAAAAAAGCCAAAUCUGUUUCAGAAAAUGGAAAGAACAUGGAAACCACUGUCGUGAACAUGGAGGAAGAGAAAACAAACAGCAAAGCAUCUCCAAGUGUCACUGAUACAGUGUCAGCAAAGUGCAAAAAGGACAGUGACUGUGACGUGUCCCUGAGCAGCUUUCUGAAAUCGUCUCCAUUUCUGUCUGCUGAUGGGGAAGAAGAGAAGAAUUUACCAAAGCCCCACCCAAAAUAUCUCCACAAAGACUUUUGCAAUGGGGAUGAGUCCCCAAAGUCAAAGAGCAAGGUCAAUAAAUCAGCCCGUGAAAUGUUUGAAGAAGGCUUAAACAAAUGGCAGAACGGGGCUUAUUCACAGGUAUCUAAUGAUGACCUUGAGGCCGUGGCAGAUGAGAUACAUUUCACUCGAAUGCAGGAGAAAUCAGCUGCUUUUGCUGCUGCUUUCACUAAGAGGGAAUCAGCGAAUACAUUUGAGGAACUCUCCCCAGAGAGAGGUUGUAACAUGAAAAAGAUGGCACAAUCUACAUCUGUGCCAUCUCCUCAAACUCCUCCACGACCAAGGAGACCCUUGGACAGGGAGAUGUUUAUGAUGAAGGAAGAGGAAUGGCCUGUCACCUCCCCAAGAAAACAGGCAAAAUUUAACAUCAGAAUGAAUUUCCUUGGAGACAGCCUGAUAAGCCCAUCGGAAAUUUUAGCCCAAGAGCGGCAGCUGUCUCAGGAUCUUGUCCAGUCCUCAAAAAAGGCCCAGGGGUUCCGUUCCAUCUUUCAACAUGUUCAGUCAGCCCAGUUACAGAAAAGUCCCUCUGAGCUGUUUGCUCAACACAUUGUCACCAUCGUUCAUCAAAUUAAAGCUCAGCACUUUCCAGCUUCUGGAAUGACUCUAAAUGAUCGCUUCACCAUGUACCAAAGGCAAGCAGCAGAGAAGGAUAUCAUGAAGCCAAGAAAAAGCCCAGAGAUACACAGGAGAAUAGAUGUUUCACCAAGUGCUUUUAAGAAACAUUCUCAACUAUUCGAAGCGAUGAAAAGCUCAGAGGAUGGAACUUACAAGGAUGGCGGGGAAAAAAUGAAGGGUGACCCAAUGGACCUUCGUUUGGAUAUUGAACGCCGUAAAAAAUAUUCCACCCAUGAAAGAGAUUAUAAUGACAAUCGUGGAAAAGAUGUGGGAAUUUCCCCAAACUCAAGUAAAGAGCAAGCUGUGGAAGAAGUCUCAAAAAGUCACAAGAAAUCAAAGAAAAACAAGAAGAAACGUUGUCGCUCAAGUUCAUCUUCAUCUUCCUCAUCUUCAAUCUCUCAAAAAAUAGAACAUCUGCCCCAUAACAUGUCUGAUCCAAAAAAUAACACAAAAUUUAACAGAGGCAGACUGGAUCAAAGAGACUCAUCUGGACCACUGGAAAAACGACAGACAUUUGAAGGAUUUCAAAUACGAAUUCAUGGAAGGGACUGGAACAGAGGGAAUUAUCAGGGAAAUGGCUCAAAUAUUAACCCUGCAAACCUGGGAGUGCCUCAAAAAAGUGAAGACUGGGAUCCAGAAUAUACUCCCAAGAGCAAAGAAUAUUACUUGCAUGAUGACAGAGAUGAAGACAUAGAAUGCAACCAAGGCCGAGGACAGGGAAGCUUCAUCCUUGGGAGGCCGCGGUUCAUCAUCCGCAGAGCUACAACCAGUCCCAGUUGUAAAAGCCGCAAAUGGGUCCACAAUAAGUUCCUGGUCAAUGGGAUGCAAAGUGACAUAAAAAAAGAUGAGACAGAACACCACAAGGGAGACAUUGAUCGAGACGACACCUGAGCAGUCAAGGAGUCUGCUGAGAUUCUGGAAUAUUUCAUUUCAUGGAAUCUGAUUCAAUGAUUUGAAAUCAACAAUAGAUGGAUAAAUGCAAAUUUAAAUUGUUCAAAUAUUGAUCUUUCUUUAGAAAAUGUGUGGUUAAAAUGACACUGGCUAUUUAGAGUUUGAGCUCAAAUUAUGAAAGUGUUAUACAUGCUACUUGCAAAAUUUUUCCAAAUCACACACCUGAAAAGGUCAAAAUAACUUAACAUUGAAAAUGUUGAAUACAUUUUGGAUACUUGUUUCUAUGUUAUAGCACAUUUAUUUUGGGCUCAAACCUUAACAUGUCCACUAUCGGCCUUUCAUUUUGCUGUAAUAUAAUCAUGUGUGUUUUGGUGCAACCAUUUCCCAUAAUAAUGUACCAUGUAAUUAGUAGAAGCACUGUUUUAGGUUGGAUUUUUGUUUUAUAAGUUUAUGUAAUGGGUUUCUUUGCUUUAUAUUGGAAAGAAUUCCUGUAUUUUGGUGGUAGAUGACAUUUAAUUGCACUUGUAUUUUGACGCCUACAGGUGGUGGUGGUGGUGGGGGGGACCUCAUAUGAAAUCUCUUGAGUAUAUGCCUUACACCUGCAAAUAAGACAUCUUCAUUCUGACCUACCUACCUAAUUACCCGCAACUGUUCCCUGCUCUACAACCAAUGACCCUAAUGGCAUACAGAGAGUUCUUCAAGAAAGCCAUGAAAGACAACCAAGGAUUAAACUGGAGUUGCCAGUAUCCACCAAAAUUCUUUUAUCAGCUAUGAAUAUCACUAAGAGGAUUCAUUUUAUGGCAAUUCCAAGCUAUUCAGGGAGCUGUGAAAUUGGGUUGUGAAGGUAAACCAUAAGGAAUUUCUUUGAAGAAUCUGUGAGAAGGAGACACAGUGGUCUACUAAUCCUUGGACGGCUUACAGAACAAAUGAUCUAUGACCUUCCUCCAAACCUAUACCUCAUGCUACCACCACUCAUUUAUGUCCACUGUCAAGGUUCUUGUGGUUAAUGCUCGAGUCAGCUGUGAGUCACCGAAUCUCAGAAAUUGUAGUGUUGAAAUAGUAGAAUACAGGAAGAGCUGUAGCAAUCUGUGUUAUCUGAUCUGAACUACUUAAGGCAGGUGGAGAAGCUGUUCUCUUGGCAGGGUAAGCAAAGUUUUAUUUCCAUUUAGGAGACAGGUAUCUCCCAACAGGCUGCAAGAAAGGAAAGGUCUUCUUGUCCCUCUCUGGAAAGCAGUGGCAGAUUGUCUGGAUUGCAAUUACUACAAUGGUAAAAGCAUUGCUGUCUCUGCUGAGCAACGUACUCAACAGAGUUGUUCUCAGUGGGUUUCAGUACUAGUUCAGCGACAAGACCAGUCUGGUUUCAAGCCUAAAAAAAAAUCUAAAUCAAUAAUGGACAGCAUCCAAGCUGUGGAGGUACUAACAGAACACAAGUAUGAAUAUCAGUAAGGAUUCUUUGCAGCCUAUGAAGAAUUUUGAAAAGUGCCCUUUUGAACAUCCUGAGAAUUUGCAGGAUCCCCAAUAAUUUUCUGGGCUAAUAUAUAAGUGGUUUCAGACAAUGGAUGGAUGAUGGAUCGAGGCUUUCAUUGACUUUCUGGACUCAGUCGUUAACAGCAUGCCUAUGUUAUAGGUGUUGAACUUGUUGAGAAUUUCACUUUCCUGUAUAGUGUAAUUCAUGUCUUUGGGGAACAAAUGCAAAGACUUUAUGGUGUCCUGAGGUCACUGGACAGAGCUGUAUGGUAAUGUUGAUACAUUUGCAGGAGGGCAAAGGUCCAAGUCUUCAUAGAGUCCUGGUUCUCUUUCUGCUGUAUGUUUGCAAGGUCUCGAUGCUAACUCAUGACUAAAGAUGAUCACUGGAGGUCUUUGGUACUAGGCCUCCCAGGGACUUUGUCAGUUCAGCAAAUUUCAUUCACAAAAUGCUACCUGUAACCUUGAAAAAUAGGUUAAAGUCUUGACAGUGGCAAGUCCACAACUGGGUAGUGAACAUAAGGUUUCUUGAACUCCCCCACAUAGGUUGUAACAAAUCUUCUGGACGAGCCAUUAUCAUUAAACAAAAGAAUCAAUAGGUGGACAGGCAGCCAUUUAUACAAUCAGUAAAUGUUUUUAGUAUGUUGGUGCCUUUUUCCAUUUGAUCAAAUAUAGUGUUAUUUUACAGAAACACUACAAGAGUUUUUGACACUUGAUUAUUAAAAUUAAGUAAUUUGUGCAGCACUAAAUCCCAACAAAAGUAGCCAAAUUAGCAAAAUUAAAUCUUACACACCUUUUGAACAAGCAUAUUGAAUAGCGUGGUAAGGAAAAAUUCCUUUGGGAGUUUUCAAUUAUAGGAAAAAACCUCAAGCAGGUCAGAUCAAGUGGGGUGGCCAUGUGCUUUGGCCACAUAACAAAUAACAUGAUGUGAUAAAAAUGUUGCAGCUGGUGCAGUGUUUACAAUGACAUGGCCAGAAAGGACAAUCUGGAGGUGAAGACCGGAGUUCCAGACAAACAAACCACACUAGUUUAUCAGCGAUUGCACUUGAUACCAGAUCAGUCAAUGAAAUUUGGAAAUUUCACCACCAAAAUUCACCACCUUCAUGUGUAGAGACAUUUGGCUUUCACGUUCUAGAUUCAGGAUUUUGUUACUUGCAUUUAUUGGCAGUUGCCAAUUGGUCAACAGUCUUAAAAUGUUGGCUACUGCAAGGUGUGUCUUAAUGACUUCAACAAACUCUGGACCUCAGUUGGACCUUACAAAUCUGAGAUAAAGAAACAUCUACUCGAGUUUCAAUGAUGGUGUUGUGUAAAUUGAUUUCCAUCCACAGUCUUCAAAGUUUAUCAUGCUUUACAUGCUCAAGCAUUACUUAUAAGAGAUGAGAUGACAGCAUUGUUCAUGACUACCAAAAACUCAGUUAUCACAUUCUAGAACAAAAACAUCCUGAGAAGAAAGCAUGUUUUUUGUGAAUCAUAACAGAAUGUCAGCCUGUUCAGUGCCUUACAAAUGGCUUUGAUGGGACCAAAAUGUAAAUCGUCAAAGUUGCUCUGCAGCCUUGUAUUUCCUCAACACCCAACUGCUUUACUAGUUACCUAACUACCUGUACUGUAUAUUUAGUCAAUUGUUCAGGAAAUGUUUGCCGUCAGGCUUUUUACGACAGUAAUGCAGGCUUUUGUUUGGUCAUGAUAUAUUACAAUACAUGUCCACUACAAUUUUCCACAAGAACUACUGUAGUUUUUGUACUUGAUUACAAACAAACCCGUGUUUAAUUUUCGCUUCAGGAAUGAACUAGAUUUUAGACCUCAAAGUUAACUGGUGAAUGAAGAAUACCCCAUCUGCACUCCUCAAUAAAUCUUUAGGUUAGAAUUAUUCUCAUCAUUCUUUUGGGAAUCAUAAUGUCAAAUUAAAGACUGUGCUUUGCUGUGGGAAUGCUGUUCUUAUUGCUAAUAUAUGAAACAGCAAAAUGUGUUGGAUUUUUGUCCAAAUGUGCCUGCAUAAGUUAAUCGCUUUUAUAAAACAUUGUUGCUGUUCCUCUAUAAAUUAAAAACACACUGAUUACUU